UAUUUUGUUGUCUGUAAUGGUACAAACCCUUGGCUUGGAAAAAAGAAAUAACUAUUACUUUAAACUUGGCCUAAACAAGGCAGAAGAUAAAGUAUUAGUGAAUAUGGUUCUUUUAGCCGAAGAACGAUUCAGGACUCUACACCUUUUUUUGUUGUUGCUACAAACAAAUUUUCACUUCUACUGUACACAAAUCUUAAUGAUUUAUUUAUGGUCAGUGGAACAGAAAGUACCUGUAUGUAUUAACUGAUAGCUUAAGUUGAAAUACGUUGGAAAAUAGAGUCAAUGUGAGCCUGUUAUUGACAAUACAGAUGUUUAGAUCACAUUACAGGUAGCUAAUAUACAGUACAGCAGAUAUUAUACAAUGGAAAUGUGAAUAUUGCCUUUUAUGGGUUUUUUUUUUCAUAACCACUGAUAUCUUUUCUCUUGUCAUUUCAGAAUCAUUUGGCAAAUAAUUCAAAUAAUUUACAACUACAUAUAUGACAAAAUCUUUAGAUUCGCUUAUUUUAUCAGUUCAAAGCGCAUCCAACAUGAAACAGAUCAGUACUUUUUUGAAAAAGAGGAUAUUGAAAAACAGGAUGAAAAGCUUGAUGAACCGGAUUUCCCUAAACUCGGCAAAUGUUGCUCGAUACUUCUUAUUAUUGCACUUGCUUUCCUUAUGGCAGUGAGUAAUACGGACAACAUCAUUUAUAAAUCUGUCCGUCCCUACAUAGAAGAGGAAUUCGAAAUAACGGACUUUUAUUCGUCAGUUAUAACUCUAAUGUUUGUUGGCAGCUGUGCAACCAUGGCCCCGAUAUUAUUUUAUUUCUGGAGUACCUUCACCGGACUAAGAGUAAUAUCAGGAGUUGUCGCCGUAAUGGUCAUGUUCGGCAUUGGCAGUACUUUAGUUUCAGAGAAGGUAAUAAUCUGUUUAUGACAGCCAAUGGCAUUUCAAUUCACUACACAUAUAAAGACAGUACCUACACAGCAAUUCAUUUUGUUCACUCUGUAUCCUAUCAAUGCAUGAGUUUUUAAUUUGUAUCUUUCUGAUUCUUUAGUCAUUCUGGACGUUUGUAUUACUUCGAAGUCUCAUGGAAUCCGUAAAAAGCCAUUAUUUAGCUGCUGCUCCAAUGCUGGUAGCAGAACUUUUUGAUACUGACCAACGACGUAAAAUGCUGACCUUACUUUACAUUCUCAACACUAUUGGAACUUUUGCGGGGACCUUUAUUGGAACGUAUGUAGCCAGCGUAAUAGGAACCGACUGGCGUAUGGCACUGCGGGUAAGAGAAAUAUAUAUGGAGGUAUUAAAGGCUGGGGUGCUAUUAUAUAUAUACCAGUAUAAAAUCAUAUCAUUACCUUGCAAACAUGAAGGGGCAUACUUCUCAAACUUUAAUAUAGAACUCGCCACAGGUCCUGGAGACGAUUCCAUUCUCGGUAUUUACUUGUAAGAGAUUUUUUGAGGUAAAGUGAGUAAACUCUCACUUACACCCUAUAAUAAAUAUGCUUAAAAUGCACAGGAAUGAAGUGACAGUGGCAACAUUUCACUCUGUUAAUCUGCUGGGGGCUUUAUUUCACAUUUUGAGAAAUAUAUUCUCUAUUCUCAUAUGCUGGGUCACAUAACUGAUAUUUAUUUUUAUUUGGAAACAGAUUGCACCUGUGCUUGAUGCGGUGGCUCUUGUGCUUCUAGCAGCAGUGAUGAGAAAGCCAGGUCGAGGUGGUUUUAUGUUGAAGGCUGAAAUAUAUCAGAAGAGAACUAAAGUUUACUCUGAUAUUUUUGAUCUGAUUUUAAACCGCUGUUUGGUCUUUGCUGUUUUGGGUUAUGCAGCUAGUAUGUUCAUUGCUAAUAGCAUGUAUACAUAUGCUCCGAAUGUACUGAGAAAUGCUCGCAUGAUGUCAAAUAAUCACCAGCCUUGUCUGACAGUUGACUGCACCUUCGAUGACAGAUUGAUCUACGGAUUGUGCAAAUGUCUUGCUACUGCAAUCGGCAUUAUUCUCGGCGUGAAGAUCAAUGCACAUUAUAAAAAGCGGAAUCCACAUGGAGAGCCAGUUGUGUGUAUCGUAGCACUUCUGGUCUCUGUCCCACUUAUGUGCUUUGGAUUAUUUUUUGUAGGAAUUAGUUCUGUCGUAUCCCAAAUUCUCUUCUUCCUAAAUGGGAUUUGUUUGGCUAUGAACAAGGUCCUUAUCAACGAAAUCAUCAUGAUGGUAGUGUUUCCAAACCGCCGCGCUUGGUCAUUUACUGAAAAGUCAAUAAUAGGAUUGCUUGGAAAAGAAGGAGGCGAGAAAGAACAUUUAUGGAUUUUUAAAUUUAUGAAGAUAAACUACUCAGAAUCUGACCUGAUACAGAAUCACGCAAUGGAAUUUAUCCUCUACAUUUGUCCAUUUAUGGCUUUGGUCGGAGCAGGAUGUUUCUGUGUAACGGCAAAAUACUUUGAAUAUUAUAAGCAAAAUGUAGAAGACUUUAUGAAUACACCAUUCACAGAUGUAGAACAACCCUUGGAUACGGUGGAAUCAUCUGAUACAAAGUAACAUGAUAGAUGAAGUUGGAAAAAGACCUCGCUGUGAUGCUUCUGAAAUGUUCUGUGAUUAUAAUAAAAUGAAAAGUUCUGUAAUAUUGCUUAAAAUAAAUAAAAAUUAUAUUUCAUAUUGAAAAUAUAGUUUUUCAGCUUACUUGGAAAAAUGUGUUGGUUAAAUAGCACUAAUCUCUUCAGUCUGCAAGUGACUUAAACACUGAAUAUAAAGUGACAGCUGCAACUCCUGUCUCCUCUCAAUGAUCUACCCAAGUGUGUGAUACAGACAGCAGAGGGAGCACGUAGAGGAGUGUAAAACUGGGAAUGAGUUUAAGCAGUUAUAGAAUGCUUACUUGGAAAACAUUCAUUUAUAUGUUAGGGACCAUCCAUAAUUAAAUUGACAAUUAGAUAAAUGUAUGUGGCUCCAUAGAACUCAGUGUAGCCUGCAGCAUUCACUUAAACAACUUUUGAUUAACCAUGUAUAUUUAAAGGAGAACUAAAAAUGUCUGGAAAUGCUGUAUUUUAUAUGCUGGCCUUAUUGUAUCAGCUCAAUGCCCAAAGUUGUUCACAGCAGUCUGAAAUAAUAAUCCUUAUUAUUAUUAUGUGUAAGAUGACAAGUUGCCUGUUUCAAUCAAGAUAUUAUUCAGUCACGCCAGCCAUCUGACGUGUAACAACAUAUUAGAUCAUUUAUAUAUUGUAUAUAUACUGUACAGUAAG